AUGAUCUUUCAUCAUCUCCUAGGCCUAGCCUUGGCCGCCACCCCUCUCGCCUUAGCCGUCGAGCUGACCGGCUAUGAAUACAUCGUCGUUGGCUCCGGCGCCGGUGGCGGUCCUCUCGCCGCUCGCCUAGCCAUGGCUGGCCAUAAGACCCUUCUGAUUGAAGCGGGUAACGACCAGGGCAACAACGUCAACGUUACAGUCCCGGCCUACAGCACCCGGGCUACCGAGGACGAGAAGUUGUCCUGGGCCUUUUACGUUCGCCAUUACCCCGACGAUGAGCAACAGGCCCGUGACUGGAAGACCAGCUACCGGCUACCGAACGGCACCAUCUACACCGGCCUGUCCCCGCCCGAGGGCGCCGAGAUGCUCGGCACAUUCUACCCCCGCGCCGGCACCCUCGGUGGUUGCACCGCCCACAAUGCCCUCCUUGCCGUCUACCCCUUCCAGUCCGACUUCCAGUACAUCGCCGACCUGACCGGUGACGAUGGCUGGUUGCCUGACAACAUGCGCCAGCACUUCAUCGCCUUGGAGGACAAGAACUACCCUCAGGGUGGUUACUACGGCCACGGCCAGGACGGCUGGCUCUCCAUCGAGCUUCCCACCUUAACCACCCCGGACUCUGAACUUUCGUCUCUAGUCGUCGGCGGCGCUUACGCCCUUGGCAACGCCACUGAUUCACCCAUCAGUCUCACCUCCCUCGCAACCAAUGAUCUCAACGCCGACACCAUUGCCCGCGACCAUGAUCCGAGCUACAACGGAAUUCCCAUUAGCACUAGGAACGGCACCCGCAACGGCAGUCGUGACUUUGUCGUCGCCGUGCGCGACGCCCUUAACCCCGACGGCAGCAAAAAAUACCCGCUCGACGUGCGCUUGAACUGUUUCGUCACCAAAAUCACUUUUGAUGAUACCGAUUGGGAUGAGACAGGGGAACCAGUAGCCACAGGCGUCGAAUUCCUCGACGGCGAAUAUCUCUACCGCGCUUCUCCCCUUUCUUCUUCCUCUUCUUCUUCUUCCAAGCACGCGAAGCAUGGAGGUAAGCACUCCAACGGCACGCCCGGCUCUGCCAAGGCCUCGCGCGAAGUAAUCAUCUCGGGUGGCACCUACAACUCGCCUCAGAUCCUCAAACUCUCGGGCAUCGGUCCGCAGGAUGAGUUAACCAAGUUCGGCAUUCCCGUCGUUGUCGACUUGCCGGGAGUAGGGGGCAACUUGCAAGACCACUACGAGAUAAGCGUCAACGUCAAGGUGCCCCAGGACUGGACGGUGCUCGAGAAUUGCACGUUCCUGCUGUUCGACAAUACGACCGAUCCGUGCUUGGACCGGUGGGAGAACCCUGUCAUGGGAAACCGCGGCACUUAUGCCUCCAACGGCGUACCAGUUGUCAUGCUGUACAAGUCUAGCGCGGCGGAGGGCGAUGACUGGGAUUUGUUUACUUUUGGCGGGCCUCUCAACUUUGCUGGUUAUUACCCUGGUUACUCGGUGGACUUGGUUGCCGAGCAUAACUGGUGGACGUGGGCUAUCUUGAAGGCGCACCCGCGCAACAGGGCUGGUACUGUGACGCUUCGCUCUAGCGAUCCGUUGGACACUCCCGAGAUUAACUUCAACUACUUUGAGUAUGGAUCGGGCGACUACGAGGCCGAUUUAACGGCGAUGCGCGAAGGCAUUUGUCUUGCGCGCGACGCACUGAGGAGGUCGGGCGUGUGCACGCAGGAGGUUAGGCCCGGGGCGGAUAUACAGAGUGAUGAGGACCUUGAUCAGUAUAUUAUAGAUGACGCGUGGGGUCAUCAUGCGAGCUCGACCUGCCCGAUUGGGCCCGAUGGGGAUCCGAUGGCCGUGUUGGAUAGUAAGUUUAGAGUCAGGGGGGUCAAGGGACUGAGGGUCGUGGAUGCGAGCGUGUAUCCGAGGAUUCCGGGCACGUUUACGCAGAUUAGUACGUACAUGGUGGCGGAGAAGGCGGCGUGUAAUAUUUUGGAGGGAUUGGAAAAUGAAGAAGUGGAUGAUGGUUACUGGAGAGUUUAG